AUGAUUAAAUUACAAUCUGCAACUCCACUUCCAUCAAUCAUGAUCACUCCAGAAUCACCACAAAUCGGUAGUUUAACUAUCAAUUCAUCACCAAUAUUCUCGCCAUUCUAUAUUUCAGAGUUUCUCAGUAAAGAGGUUUUCUAUCCACCACCCUUAGACAUCUCUGGCGAUAUGACGAUGGACGAAGACGACGCAACCGUUCCACAAUCACCCAAUAGCAGUCUCACCAGUAACAGCAUCGUCAGUAGCACAGCCUCGUCGAAAUUGAAAUCCAACGACAUGAUGCUUAGAAACAAGAAUGCCUGUUCAUCGUGCAAUCGUGUCAUUCAAUUGUAUUUGGUCAGUUCACGUUCACGUAGAAAGUGUGGAACUCAAUGUAUCUCAUGUCAUAGAAUGAUCUGCGAUAACUGUACAUUCUUAAAAUACUAUAAACAUCAAAGUAAAGAUAUUUCAUCAACUUCAUCAUCUUCCUCCAACGUUACCGAAAAGAAUAAUACAAACUAUUUACCAAUCAAGAGAUCUCCAUCGCCAAAAUCAACCGCCCAAUCAAAAAGAGUUACCUAUUGCAUUUCUUGUAGUCAACAUCAAAAGAAGACUCCAUUUAAUAUUUAA